AUGUCCAUCCGCGUGCUGAUCAAAGAAUACCCGCACCGCGCCAUCGCCCUCAGCACGCCCUUGCACGCCCUCGUCCUCCGCCAUAGCUCCUCCUCGACCGAGCACAAUGCGAACCCGAACGCCUCGUCGACGUCGCUGGGAAGCAAUGGCGCCAGUGCCGCGCGCUGCAUGGUCGAGUUCGCGCGGACAGAGGACGUCGACCUGAGCGACUACCGCGCCCUGCACUCGGCCAACGCGCACGGCACCCUAGGACUCAUCUCCGUAAACGGCGAUGUUUUCCUCGUGGUCGUCAACGGGGCGAGCAAGGUGGCGACGGUGCGGCCUGGCGAGACGGUGCAGCGCAUCCACUCGGUGGGCUUCUACUGCCUGACCAGCUCCAGCUACGAUGCCCUCCUCAACGACGAAGUGAACCCCUAUCCCACCGACACCAUCGACGACGAGGGCUACGAGAUGGGCUUCGGAGGCAGGAAGGAGCAGUCGCCGCUCGAGCAUCCGUGUCUGGCGCUCAAGAAGCUGCUGAGCAGUGGCACCUUCUACUACAGCUCAGACUUCGACUUGACACGCCGGUUGCAGGACAGGUCAACAGACGCCGCGACCGUGUCCAUUGAUAGUCUGGAUGCUGGCUUCCUGUGGAACUCAUACAUGAUCCAGCCGCUGGUCGACUUUAGGAGCAGGCUUGCACCGCGGGACAAAGAGGCGCUGGAUGCCUCGGGUAUCUUGACGUCUGCCAUUCGUGGCUUUGCACUUACUGUUACGGUACCUAUCGCAUCGGCGCCUAUCAAGGUUCGCGGAUCGGGCAUGCCGUCUUCUAUGACACUGAUCUCAAGAUUGUCCUGCAGGAGAGCGGGAACGCGCUUCAACUCCCGUGGUAUCGACGACGAUGGCAAUGUAGCCAACUUUGUUGAAACAGAAACCAUAUACUGGGCGCCAUCGGGUGUCUGCUUCUCGUACGUCCAGAUACGAGGCAGCGUUCCCAUAUUCUGGGAGCAGCAGUCUGGGCUGCUUCCAGGCCAGCAAAAGAUCACUAUAACGCGAGGCCCUGAGGCUACCCAGCCUGCUUUUGACAAGCACUUUGAGAGCCUCGAGCUUGCCUACGGCGCUAUGCAUGUGGUCAACCUGCUCAGUAAUGAGAAGCCGAACGAGAUAGAGCUCACUCAUAGGUAUCGGGAUCACAUCAAGAACAGUCCAUUGAACUCCGGUGUGGAAAAGAGCGAUCGCGAACACGAGCUCAUCAAGCUCACCGAAUACGACUUCCAUGCAGAGACAAGAGGUCCGGGUGGCUACGAAAUGGCCAGCAUGAUCGCACGGUGGAUCCAGCAGUCGGCUGAUGGCUUCGCAUACUAUUUGUCCGAAGAUGUGGAUGAACACAUCAGGUCGAAUGGACAAGACCAUGUCGUGAAGCGCUCGACACCCAUCCUGGGCCAGGAAGGUGUUUUCAGAACGAACUGUCUUGACUGUCUGGAUCGGACGAACCUCGUGCAGACCAUCAUCAGCAAGAUGGCGCUGGAGAUCUUUCUCGGCCACAAAGGACUGGGAGCAAGCCAGGACUUCUGGGUUCGGCAUUCGAGCAUGUGGGCAGACAACGGCGAUGCCUUGUCCAGAAUAUACGCAGGCACUGGAGCGCUGAAGUCGUCCUUCACAAGACACGGUAAGAUGUCGCUAGCCGGUGCCCUGGCCGACGCAAGGAAGAGCGUCACGAGAACAUAUAUCAACAACUUCGCCGACAAAGGCCGACAGAACACAAUCGAUAUGCUUCUUGGCCGGCUAAUGGGACAAGUCCCGGUUCAUCUGUACGAUCCCAUUAAUGAUUUCGUCAUCGCAGAGCUCACUCGACGAGCGCCCGAAUUUUCGGAAACGGAAGUGAUCAACUUACUCGUUGGCACCUUCAAUCUGAACGGCAAGACACAUGGCAUCGACCAGGACUUGUCGCCGUGGUUGUGUCCGGAUGUUGAUGCUUCACAGCAGUGUCCAGAGAUCGUUGCAGUAGGCUUCCAGGAGAUUGUCGAAUUGAGUCCGCAGCAGAUCAUGUCGACCGAACCGACAAGGCGGCAGGAUUGGGAAUCUGCUGUUAAGCACUGUCUGGACAAGAAUGCUGCAAGACACGGAAAAGAGGAGUACGUCCUGCUUCGAGGUGGUCAGCUUGUAGGUGCAAGCUUGUCUGUCUUUGUGCGCGCCGAUAAACUCAAAAACGUCAAGAACGUCGAGGGCAGUCUGAAGAAGACUGGCAUGUCUGGCAUGGCGGGUAACAAGGGUGCUGUUGCGAUACGCAUGGAGUACGCCAACACCUCAAUUUGCUUGGUAACAGCGCAUCUUGCGGCUGGAUUCGCGAAUUACGAAGAACGAAAUCGCGACUACAAGACGAUUAGUCACGGUUUGCGUUUUCAGCGAAAUCGAUCGAUCGAAGACCACGACACCGUGAUCUGGCUGGGUGACUUUAACUACAGAAUUGGUCUCAGCAACGACAAGGUCCAGAGGUUGUGUCAGAUGAACGACCUCGAGACAUUGUAUGACAAUGAUCAGCUCAAUCUUCAAAUGGUCGCUGGCUUGACCUUCCCGUACUAUUCAGAAGCUCGCAUAACAUUUCCUCCUACCUACAAGUACGACCUGGGGACAGACACUUAUGACACAUCUGAAAAGGCACGUAUCCCCGCCUGGUGUGAUCGCGUGCUACGCAAGGGCGACAACAUCAGGCAGAUUCAUUACGAUGCAGCACCACUUCGAUUCUCUGACCAUCGUCCUGUGUAUGCGACGUUCCAGGUCAUGGUCAGGAAGAUUGAUGACGGCAAGAAAGAUGCUCUCAAGGCAGAGCUGUACAAGUCAAGAAAAGCAUUCGUUGGAGAUACUCGAGCAGCGGGACACCUUGGCGAAGAUGAGUCGGACGACGAGGAUUUGAUCGGCUACGAAAGUGUUGAACCCGGUCUGCCGCCCGCCAGCUCAGACCGGAGGAAGUGGUGGCUUGACAAUGGUCUACCAGCUAAAGCGCGCAUCCAACCACCAUCUAAUGAUCAUAUUCCGAAUCCAAAAAGGCCCAGCAACCCAUUCACACCCAGCCCAGAACCAGACUGGGUUGAGAUCAACAAGCUGUCAAGCAGACCAGAGCCACCUCCCGCUCGCGGCUCCCAGCGAGCACGCACCAUGGACUUCAACAACCCAAACAAGCCAAGCUCUUCUGCGUCAAGCUCAACAACUAGCCUGCACCAGGCGCAACACCCCAACCCCAUGGCACGGAGAAUGAUGGCACCACAGUACGACGCCAAAGACCCCGCACAAAUCACGUACAUGGAUGGCGCACGCGAUGCCAUCAGCGACCUCCGCCGCAACGCCUCCAACGCAUCAACGCGCUCCCUCCCCAUUCUACCCAACCGCAACCUGCCACCCGUGACAUCUUCCCUGCCAGGCCCUGCGGUGCCCAUGGCCAGCAAAUCCCAAGUCCUCCGCAAGCCCGCACCGCCACCGAUACCCAACAAGAAAGCGUCCCUGCUGAGCAAAACAUCCAGUCCGUCUCCCAUGCCGCUGGCGCCGAGUUACCGCGACGACCCCACAGAGCCGCUGCCCAGACGAUCCAUGGCGCCUCCGCCUGCAAGCACGAGGAAGCCUGUGCCGAAUCUGAUGGAUGGCGAGGAUAGACCGCCUGCGCUGCCGCCGCGGACAGGGACCGGGUUGGGCGCUGGCAGUAACGGGCGGGCGCGGAACUUUUUGGACGAUGAAGGUGAUAUGAAGGGGUUGGAUGGUUGGGAAGUGUUGAGGCCGGAUAGGUCGUGA